UUUAUGUCGAGUUUGUUUUGUUUUUAAAUCUUCCGGAACAUUAGUAUUUAAUUUUUUUUUCUAUUAUUUGGGUCUUUAUUAUUUUAAAUUUCAUGGUGUACAUUUUAUUUAAAUUGUGAGAAUUAUUCCAGAAGAAACCGAGCACGCACAUGUCCUUUCCAUUACUGUCGCGAAGCACCCACAACCUAAUUGAGACUUCAAAAUCAUGACUGAAAGACAAACAAAGAUAUUAAUUUGAUGUGUAUGGACUCUAGUUACAACUUAAUAACGAGUGGACCUUGGGCCUGGACCCAGUAAAAAUGUGAACUUUCAGAGGGGUUGUUAACAAUGGAUGCAAAAUAUAUGGUAUCACAUGGAGGUUGGUGUACGGCUGGUGGGUAUACUGCUGCGGUUCCUGAACUUCAUUCUCACUCCUUUGUUCUGGUUAAAGUCGCACAAGAGGACGUGCGUUCCUCCCGUAACGGAGCCCAUGCUGUUCAAAGGCGCGGCCGACUUGGCACGCGAAAUUCGCAAUGGCGAGAUCACGAGUACACAAGUUGUGACUAUGUACAUUAAACGUAUAAAGGAAGUGAAUCCGUACUUGAAUGCGGUUGUGGAGGAUCGCUACAGAGCUGCCCUCUACGAAGCGAGGGCUUGUGACGUACAGAUCAAAGAAGCGAUGCGACUUGGCACCAUAGAAGACUUAGUCAAAAACAAACCUCUACUGGGAGUCCCUUUUACUGUGAAAGAGAGCUGCUCUCUGGGAGGCCUCUCAAAUUCCGUCGGUUGUCUGGAGAACGCAGGACGGAAAGCGACUGCUGACGGCGCGGCUGUGGCUCUUGUGAGGGACGCGGGGGCCAUCCCGCUCCUCGUGUCCAACACUCCGGAGCUGUGUCUCGGCUGGGAGACUACGAACCUACUAACAGGCACUACUAAUAACCCGUAUUGGCUCAGCAAGACUCCGGGCGGAUCUUCUGGUGGCGAGGCCGCAUUACUAGCUAGCGCGGCGUCUCCUUUCAGUGUCUCUUCCGACAUCGCGGGAUCCAUUCGCGUUCCCGCCGCGUUCUGCGGCGUCUAUGGACACAAACCUACUCCAGGUAUCAUCCCUAUAGAGGGUCACAUUCCGACUCUAAGCGAUGAGCAGUUUCCAAAGUUCCUGACGGUGGGCCCCAUGGCGAGGAAGGCUGAAGACCUUCCCUUGUUGUUGAACGUGAUGGCGGGCGAGAACCGCCACGUUCUGAACCUCGACGAACCCGUCAACAUCGAAGACAUUGAGGUGUUCUACAUGACGGAAGCCAUGGACUCCAUAGCCCUGAUCAAAGUUGACAAGUGUAUCCAAGACGCCGUGCUGGAGGCCGUUCAAUACCUGAGUCGAUGUGGAGCCACCGUCAGCGAGGAAAAAUUCAAAGGCUUAGAAGAUUCAGUCGAAAUAUCGAUAUCCGUGUUUUUCUCGAUGAAGGACAUCCCGAAUAUGCUGCAGGAUCCGGCCGAUCCGAAGCGUGAAAAAAAUUUGUUUUUAGAAAUACUUAAGUGUCCCAUCGGCGGAGCGUCGCGUUCGUUACAAGGCCUCAGCUUCGCCUUGAUAGAGAAGACGCGGCUCUUCAUACCGAAGUCGAAAACGGACUUCUACAAAGACAAGGCGGACAAACUCCGGACCGAGAUCACGCGGCGGCUGGGCGCGCGCGGCGUGCUGCUGUACCCGGCGCACGGCGGCGCGGCGCACGCGCACGGCGGCGUGUUCCCGCGCGCGUCGGGCGUGCUCUACACCAUGCCCUUCAACAUCCUCGGCCUGCCCGCCGCCGUGGCGCCGCUCGCCCUCCGCCGCGACCUCCGCCGCGCCCUGCCCGUCUGCCUGCAGAUAAUUGCAGCACCGAACCAAGAUAGACUGUGUCUCGCCGUCGCCAAACAACUGGAGAUGGGCUUCGGUGGCUGGCGGCCGCCGCAGUGAACACGCAACUCUCUAUGUAUUCCGUACAGAUGAACGGAAAAAUAAAAAUUAAAACAUAUUUUUUUAUUUCAAUAAAUCGAUUCCUGUGUGCUUAGUGCGAGUUUUUUAAGGUUCUCGAUAACGUAAAAAAGUUAACUCGAAUUGGUAUGCAGUCGAAACAGCGCCCCUAGCGGCAAACGUAGGCAAAACGUUCCAACUCCAUACAAAUUUGAGUUAACUUUUACGCUAUCGAGAACGUUAAAAAACUCGCACUAAGCACACAGAAGCUAAGGUGUAUUUUUGAAGAGAAUUUCAUGUGAAUGUUGAAAUGAAUUGAGUUGUUUUGAAAUGAAUGUUUCAUCAUCAUUUAAAAUCACAGUCAUAUGAAUAUAGAAUUUUAAAAAAACAAAUUUGUCUGAAGCAUUGUUUAAGACCUAAAAAGUCAUAGUUCCAUUAUUUCCAACUGAACAUUAUUUGGACCAUAAAAAUCGGAAUUACUAUUGUAAUUAAUUUUUACAAUUUAAAAACAAAAUGCUAGAAUAUAAUUAUGAAAUUUAGUCAUCGUGUGUGUGACGAGGUACGCGGAAUGAAACGGAGUUUAUGAAAUACCUAUAAAACAGCAAUAAAAUUUAUUCAUAUUUCGAUUUGAAAGAUACUCCAGUACAAUUUUAAAAACAUUAACUUAUAUUUUGACAUCAGUUGAAACGCUAAAUUGACAAAAAAAAAGUGUAGCACUCGGGUACUGCCGCGGUAAAACUAUUGCAUAGCAUUAUUUAUCAACUUAUGCAAUUAUAAUUAGACAA